AUGCAGCAUUUCGGCGAACUUUGGCUUGCCGUCCUACUCCAAUUGUGUACUCUGACUUUGGCAGCACUACCGACAAUUCCCAUCAACGCCACUGAUGGACUUGAUCUGUUGUCCAAUUUCACGACUUUGACUUCAGCAUCCCUUUCCACCCUUCCUCCGGAUCCCUACCAAAUCCGCGUCUACAACACCCCUACCAGUCUAAUCCUCCACAACUACGGCCCAGCCAUCGAGCGCGUAGACGUCCUUGAUAUCCUUCUUCAGGGGCAAUCCGACGUCGUCGACGGCCUUGUGGCCAGCCAUGGUAAUGCACCAAUCCAACGGUUGGCAUUCACUUUCUGGUCGGGGAGUUGUAUAUGA